CAUUGAUAUUUAUGUUUGCAUUGAUUUUAUAAUUAUAUUUUAGUACUAAAAUAAAGCAAUGAACCUUUAAUCACUUAUAUCAUGUACCGAAGUAGUUGUCAACCUAAAAAUCAAAUAAUAGUUCUCAGGAAAUUUACAAAACCUGGUAUAAAACAGCAAGUGCCAAAUGUACCAAACACACAAGUUUGUUUUAACAGUAUUUCUUCAAGUAGUAGAAAAUCUUCAACUGUUUCUGUUAUUGGAACUUCCUUACUGUCGUUAGGCGUUCUGGGGUUUGGCGGUUCAGCACUUUAUGCUAAAUAUAAUGAUGAAUUUCGUAAAAAUGUAGAAGCAAAACUGCCUUAUUCAAAAACUCUUUUUGAUUCUCUCUAUGGAUCUUCACCUGCUGAUGUUCUUUCUAAAUCUUUACCAGAAGAUACAGUUUUAAAAUUGAAUGAUUCAAGUUUCAGUCACAAACAAGAAAAAUAUCAAAAUGAAGAAGUUGUUCACAUUUCAGAUGAUAACCCAGUUAACACUGCUGAUACACCUGCUACAUCUACUGAUACAAAUGUUAGUGAUGUCAGGAAAGAAGAUUUAUCUACAAGUGCAUCAGAAAAGGAAAUUUUGCCUGAAGUUAAUUUACAAGGUAAUGUAAAAGAUACAGUUAAUCAAGCAGAAGAGAAGAAAGUAAGUUCAGAAUCAGUCUUGUUAAAAGAUGAUCUUGAUAAUUUAACCAAUUUAGCUAGUCAGGCUGCUGUUGAAGUUGUGUUGGAAACAUAUUCUCAGAGUCUUAAAGAUGGCCUUUUAAAAUAUAACGAAACAGAAUUUGAAGCAUUGUCUAACCUGAAAGAAUAUGCUCAUAAACUAGCUGAAGCUAUGUUUGUUUCACGUGAAAAUGAAGCAUAUGACUCUCUUUGGCAGAGUAUUUCUCAACUCGAAACAUCAGCUGUCAAUUUUGUUAAUUUGCUUAAAGAAAAAAGUGAGCAACUUCAAGCUGAAAUAAUAAAAACAAUGAAAUUUGUAGAAACUAUAAAUAAGGAAGAUGUAACAUCAGAUUUUAAAAAUGAUAUUUUACAAAUUAAUAAAGCCAUUGCUACUUCUGAAGCUAAAAUUCAGGCAGCAAAUAAAGAAAUUCAGUUUUUUCAUGAAUAUAAUCAAGUAGUGCUAGGUGCAUCCGAAACAUUGAAAGAUCAACUAAAACAGUUUACUCCACAUCUGUUAAAACUGAUUGAGGAAAAUAAGGACAUUGAUAUUCUUAAUUCCCAGUUUCAAGAUGCUUUGCUUUUUUAUGCUCUUAAAAGAGCAGAGUUAGAGCGAAUUCAAGCUAUUGAGUCUAAUAUUUUGGCAUCAGAGAAGUUCAUUGAGAUGGUUUCCAUUGAAAGAGAUGCAAUUAUUAAAAAGUAUGAAGAAAAACUGAUUUCUGAACUACAUGUAAUUGAAGAAGAAUUAAAAAACAAUCAUCAAAAAAAGAUGGAAGAAGUAAAGCAAGAGUAUGAAAGAGAAAUGCACAUUCAGUUAAAACGACAAGCUAGUGCUCACAGUGAGCAUUUACUUGAUCAAUUAAGUGCUUUAGAAAAUAAUCUUAAUACCAAGCACCUUGAAGAACUUGAAAAAAAAUUAACUGAACAGCAAAAUAUCUUUCAAAUGCAUCUUGAAAAAAAUUUGAUGUAUCUAAAUGGAAUACACUCAAAGAUAAAUGAUGUUGUUAACAUUGAAGAAAGACAGCGUCAGGCUCAAAAGUUGUGGAUAGCUUCACAAGCAUUAGAUGCAACUCUGAAGGAAGAACUUGUUCAUGGUCGUACAAGAAAUCUUAUGCCAGAACUUGCAUCUUUAAUGGAAAUUGGAGGAAAUAAUCAGGUUUUACGAGAGAUAAUUGCUACAUUUCCUGAAGAUGCUGUUACGUUAGGAGUUAUUCCAGAAAAGUUAUUGCUAGAACGGUUUAAACGAGUCAAGUCAGCAUGUAAAAAAGUCGGAAUGGUUAAUGAAGGAGGUUCACUUAUAAAGUAUGCUCUUUCUUAUUUUAAAUCUUUUUUUGUCAUCUCCCAGUGGUAUCAAAUGAAUGUGGAAGAGCCGAUUAAUGUUGAGAAAUUAGACACUUAUGAAAUCUUAGCAAAAGCUGAAUACUUUGCCAGUCAAGGCGAUUUACUUCAAACAGCUAAAUUCAUAAGCCAAUUGAAUGGGGUCUCUCGUAAACUGAGUCAUGAUUGGUUAAAGGAAACCAUUUUACUACUAGAAACAAGACAAACUGUUAGUUUGUUAAGUGCUUAUGUUGCAUCAUUGUGUGCAGAAAUGGAAUAGAAAUAUUUUGAAUUAUACGCAGAUACGUUUAAUCUUACAUCAGUCUAAUAUUACCUAGAAUUAUUAGUGACAUUAUAUGGAUAUGUGUUAACCUAUAUACAUAACUAUAUAUAUAACAUUUUAUCUCUGUCAUUUGUAUUAGUAUUGUUGUUUUAGUAAUGCUUUUUAAUAUUUA